GAGAACGUAACGCGUGAGUAACGUACUCUUUGACUUAAGAUAACAAUAGUAUUUAAAAACAUACCUAGAUACAGUAGUAUUUAAGUCUUAUAUUUAUUGUACUUUUUUCCAAAACAGUCUUCUUUACGCUUCUGUCCUGGACUGACGUGUAUCGAAAUGUAUAAGUUUGUUAUUUUGUGCUCUAUUUUUAUUGCUGCAUCUCACGCAGAUGUCGUACAGACUCCAACUAAAAGAGAAACCAGAGCGUCUCUGAAACCACUAUCAGUAUGCUGCGAUAUCCCAGAGUUGGCUGAUGAGAGGCAAUUAUCGAAAUGUUCACCUAAACCUCCUGGCCCGUGUGAAGAUGUCCAAUGCAUCUUCGAAGCGUCAGGCUUCUUGACAGACAAGAAUACCCUGAAUAAGGCUGCAUACAGAAGCCAUUUGCAGAAAUGGGAGAAGAGCAAUCCAGGCUGGACUGAUGCCAUUUAUAAAGCCAUUACUGAUUGUGUCGACAAUGACCCAAGACAGCAUCUUGAUGUAGCUUGCAAAGCCUAUGAUGUGUUUACUUGUACUGGUAUCGCUAUGUUGAAGAAAUGUCCUGAAACAGCGUGGAAGUGUUAGAACUGACUUAGUUUUAUGUACUGAGUUACCAUUUUCACUGUAUUUUAAGUAUCACCAAUUAUCUUAAUUUUUUUGCAUUGUAUGCAUUCAAUAAAAAUACUCUAAGCCCCAA